AAUGGCAUUUCACGCAGUAAUGUAUGCACUUUAAGUCAUGACAUGUCACACGUGCUAUCACAUAUGUCAGUCAUGUGCCAGCGUAUGUGGUACACAUAAUAGUUGUUGCAUGCUCUUUAUAAUAAUUAGAUACAUAAAUAAUUUCCUCCCUCAAAAAGAAAAAAAAAAAAAAAAGUGAACCAUAUCCCAAAUUUUAUAACUCCUCAAAGAUUUGAAUUUUAUUUUUUUGCAUCAAUGGCUAGCUGGUUUAGUCAAUUAUUUUGGUUUAAUUCACAAGAUAACCCAAUUACAAAUCUUUAAUUCACAAGAUAACCCAAUAGUUAAAUUAAUUGAUCAAACAAAAAAAAGUGUCGGAAUUAAUUUAUUAAUUACUCUACAAUUGGAGGAGUUUUAUAAUUAAAAUUAUGUUCUUUACUCAACUAUAUGUAUAAAAUCGUGAAUCCAGCUGAUCUGAUGCUCACGUUUUAUAAUGAGAACUAGUAAAAUACAGAUAAUAACCAUGAAUGACUGAAUAUCAUACUGCUUAUUAUAUGGAAAUUGUAUCAGCCAAAUAUCACUUUCAGAUUUUCAACUCGAUCAUAAAACACAACUUUGUACGUACAACACAAAGAAAUUUUCAAACAUUCCUAUUCCUAUACAUGUUUUCACGUCUACAUCAGAUAAUCUAAUCAAAGUCUCAAAGACUAUUUCCCCCCAAAAAAAAUAAGCUCAUUCUACCAAACAACAUCAUAUAAGCCUGCCAACAUACAAGUAUACAAGUAAUACAACCACACCAUUUCAUUUCAUAUCAUAUUGUUAAUAUGAUCAUGAAAAUUUUCCCAAGUCUUCCCCUGUCUCUCCUCUUCCUCUUCCUCCUCUCCUAUCCAUCACCUUCCCACCAACAAUCCGAUCACACAUUCGCCAACCCGAGGCUCGAAAAAGCCUACGAAGCUCUCCAAGCAUGGAAAAAAGCCAUGACAGACGACCCUUUCAACUUCACCAGCAACUGGUAUGGUCCUGAUGUCUGCACCUACCGUGGUGUCUACUGUGCUCCGGCUUUAGACGACAGUUACAUACAAACUGUUGCAGGUAUUGACCUUAACCAUGCCAACAUAGCCGGUUAUCUUCCUAAAGAACUCGGCCUCUUAACCGAUCUUUCUCUCUUCCAUCUUAACUCAAACCGCUUUUGUGGCACAAUCCCUUACACUAUAAAAAACUGGCGCCUUCUUUAUGAGAUUGAUGUUAGUAACAAUAACUUCAAUGGUGGUUUUCCUAAGGUGUUAUUAUCACUUCCUUAUCUAAAAUUCAUCGAUGUUCGAUACAAUUACUUUGAUGGCCCUAUUCCUUCAAAGCUUUUUGACCUUGAUCUUGAUGCUAUCUUCAUUAACAAUAAUAACUUCACCUCUAAGUUUCCUCAAAAUAUUGGUAACUCCCCUGUAUCUGUUGCUGUUUUGGCUUACAACAACUUCCAAGGUUGUCUUCCACCUUCGAUUUCUAAGAUGUCGAAAACUCUCAACGAGAUCAUCCUCGAAGACUCCGGUUUAAAGGGUUGUUUGCCUUCUGAAAUCGGCGAGUUGACUCAACUCAAUGUGUUGGAUGUGAGCUACAAUGAUUUGUCAGGUCCAUUACCAGAAUCCAUGGGAGAAAUGAAGAAUUUAGAGCAGUUAAAUGUGGCAUUUAACAUGUUUUCUGGAUCAAUUCCUGAGAGUAUUUGUAGUUUACCCAAGUUGGAGAACUUUACUUACUCUUCAAACUUCUUCAGUGAUGCACCAUAUAAGUGUUUGAAAUUACAGGAGACAGAUGAUAGGUUAAAUUGUAUUGCAGGAAGACCAUUUCAGAGGUCUGCUUCUGUGUGCAAAUCUAUCAAUGAUUAUCCUAUCAGUUGUGAGAGCUUAAGUUGUGAUUACUAAGAGUAAUUAUGUUGGAUUUAAUAUAAGGAUUACUUUGCCAUAUUAUAUUUGUAUAUUAGAGAUGUGAUUUAUUUGAUUGGUUAUAAGAUUUUAAAGGAAUAAAUUGGAACAUUGGGAAGUGGAUUAUAUUCAUUUGCUUCCUGUA